AACUUCAAAAUGUUCACUAGGUUUGAUGCAAAUAAAUCAACAAAGGGAGCAUCAAAGCUUCGUCGAGACUUAAUUAAUUCAGAAAUAGCGAAUUUACGUGAUUUAUUACCGUUACCACAAUCGACGAGACAAAGGUUGUCCCAGUUGCAACUAAUGGCCUUAAUAUGCGUUUAUGUGAGGAAAGCCAACUAUUUUCAACAGGUAUUCAAACGACAUGACAUUGGAUUACAUCAAACACAAACGACGCCAAAUAUAGGUUUUUCUAAGGCUUUAUCCGGUUUUCUAAUGAUGUUGACACAGAAUGGAAAACUUUUGUAUAUAUCAGAUAAUGCCGCGGAAUAUUUAGGGCAUUCAAUGGAGGACUUGCUAAUCCACGGCGAUUCCGUCUACGAUAUCAUUGAUAAGCAAGAUCACGGAUCAAUACAAGCCGAAUUGGGUAGGUCAGUACCACAACAAGCAGCAGGUCAUCAUCAUCACCCACAUCACCACUUGAAUCAUCAUCAUGCCACACAUUUGGAUGGCGAACGACGAAUGUUUCUGUGUCGCAUGAAUGUUAGUCGUAAUGCUAGAAGACAAAUGAGAUUUGGUGAUCAAAAGGUAGUUUUAGUGCAAGGACAUUAUUUAUCGUAUUUACCAUUAUGUAGUAGAAAUGAGCCAGUAUUUUUAGCAACAUGUACCCCAAUAGCAAUGCCAGAGACGAGAGAAUGUGUCGUGCAGGGAGCGACAAAUAUCUUUACCACAAUUCAUUCAAUGGACAUGAAAAUUAUGCACAUUGACAAGAAUGGCGAAUUUCAUCUAGGAUACACAAAAAAUGACAUUCAAAACGUGUCGUGGUACCAACUUCUACACUGGGACUCUACCCGAGAAGCACAAAACAAACAUAGACUAAUUACACAAUCCGAACAGGAUCGAUCUUGUAUAUUGUUGGUUCGGAUGCAGAAACGAUCAGGUGAUUUUUUAUGGGUGCAUGUCGUUCUCCAAGUUCGCGAUGGACACGAAGCGAACCAGCAGCCCGUUAUUGUUUGCACAAAUCAAGUUUUAAGUGAAACUGAGGCCCAAGUAAUGGUAACAAACUCCUGGCUCUAUCAUUACUACUCGGUGCUCAAAAUCCAAUUUGGCUUACCUUUCGAUGGAGCAGCUCGAGUCCCGCCAACAACGCCUUACUACACAUCCCCCCAUCACACUUACCCGGCACCUCCGCAUCACGUGUCCUACGGUUACCAUUCCCCCUUGAGCAUAACGGCGCAAAAUUCGCCCGGCUUAUUGCCUCAUCACAACGGAAAUUCCCCACAAAUCGUCAAUCACGGCUUGGGCGGCGAACAUUAUCGUCCCUAUGCCUAUCGACUGGAAUCGCAGCCCGUCGACUACAGUCAUGCCCAACCGCAACAACAAGGUUUAGUACAAAAUACACUAAUAACGGAGCCAAAAAGUAACGGAAGUCAAGCAGCUCCUCCUCCGGUUAUCAUGACGACAGUUGGCAAUAACAACAACAACAACAACCAUCAUCGGAUAGGAAGUCCGCCAGCGAAAAAACGCGCCACAAAUUACAAUCGACUUGAACCUUUGUACAUUCCCGAACCGGAAGAAGCGUCACCCGAACAUCAAAAUACUUUGGUUGAACUCCAAACUCCUCAUUCGAUGAUCAGCGGGGAUAGUAAUGGGCAUGGACAAACAGUUCUCAUCACAUCAGCUUCGAUCGCGCGACCUCGUGCCUUGACAAAAGCGCCGCCAGAACCCACGGAUUUUAUCGAUCAAUGGAAUCCGAGUCCGCCGUGGAGUGAUACGACGCAAAAAGUCCCGGAUAUUUCGCAACAGGAACUCAGUCCGUAUAUUACGACAACUCCGCCGACGCCAACAAGCGCUCAUGGAUCACAUUCCGGGAGUUUGCCAAGCUUCAGUUUUGACUGGAUGCCCGAGCAAUUUGUGCCGAUAGUCGAUUGUGUUCCAUGCCUUACGCAAGAUGGGAUUUCCGUGCCUGUCGCUGUGCCAUUACAAGUGCCGCAUUGGCAUACAGAUCAUCGAUUGUUGACACUUCAGCCGCCAGAUAGGAGAUCUGAUGAAGAGAGCAGUGAUUCCAAGGACAGUUUUCGGAGAUCGCAUUAA